AUGACAGAUAGCUUCUUAUCCAACUGCAAGCAUUCCUCAAUACAAUGGACUCAUCCUGAAAGGGAGCCCCACAUAUUUAAGGAAUAUGUUCAAGCAGGAAGUUCCACACCACUUUCUAAAGACCUCAGGUACCAUAGCAGUGGUCAACACUACAAAUUUAAAGAGUGUGGCAAAACUUUUAAUCAAGGAUCACUCUCUAUUAUGCACCCCAGAAUUCAUAGUGUAGAGAAACCCUACAAUUGUGAAGAAUGUGGCAAGUUCUUUUUUAAACACCAGGUAUUGCAUAGCAGUGAGGAAACCUACAAAUAUAAAGAAUGUGAAAAAACAUUUAAGGCAUUUUCAACCCUUAGUCAACACCAAAAGAGUCAUACAGAAGAGAAGCCCUAUAAAUGUGAAGUAUGUGGCAAAGCUUUUAAUAAAAGAUCAUGCCUUACUCGACCCCAGAGUAUUCAUACUGUAGACAAGCCCUACAAAUGUAAUAAAUGUGGGAAAGCUUUUAAAAAUAAUGUAUGCCUUACCAAACAUGAGGUAAUUCAUACUAUAGAGAAGUCAUACAAAUGUGAAGAAUGUGGCAAAGCUUUUAAUCGAAGAUCAUGCCUUACUCAACACCAGAGAACUCAUACAGGAGAGAAGCCCUACAAAUGUAAAGAAUGUGGGAAAGAAUAUACUCAAAGAGCAGGCCUUGCACAGCACCAGAGAAUUUAUUCUGGAGAGAAACCCUAUAAAUGUGAACAAUGUGGCAAACGAUUUACUCAAAAAGUAGGCCUUACUCAACACCAGAAAAUUCAUACAGGAGAGAAGCCCUAAUGUACUAAAUGUGAGAAAGCUUUUAGGUAUAAAUCAAGCCUUACCCAGCACCAGAGAAUUCAUAAUGGAGAGAUUCAAUGUGAAGAAUGUGGGAAAGGUUUUAAUGAAAGAAUAUGGUUUACUCUUCACCAGACUAAUCAUAACAGGGAGGGGUAAUUCAAGUGUAAAAACUGUUGCAGAACUUUUAGCAAUUGCACAAACGUGGCUUAUCACUGGAGAAGUCAUAGUACAUAGAACCCAAAACAGUGUAAAUACUGUGCCCAAGUCUUUACUCAAAUUUCAAAUUUUUCUUAACAU